AUGGACCCCUCAUCAUCAUAAACAUAUAUAAAAUAACAUCCAUAAGACAAUUCAAAAUCUAAUGAAAAUAAAGAUGGCUCUCAAACUCAAAUCAAAUCUUAAACCAAUUUUAGAAAUGGAUAAGAAAAAAACGAUAUUGGGUAAUUUAAAGACAGUGAACUAUAAACUAUAGAGUUUAUUGCUGAUAAUAUUAAAUAUCAAUUAGAUCCAAGGUAUAUGUUAUGGUCUACUGAAUUAUUAAAACAAGAUAAACCUUAAGAUCAAAAUGCUUACAAUUAUUAACAAGAAAAUCAAUCAAUUAAGAAGAAAUCUCAUAAAUUUAUGGAUCUAAAGAAACUUUAUGAACACAAUAAAUCCACAAUUGAAGGUCUAAAUAAAGAACUUAAUGAUCUUGAAUUAGCUAGACAAAAGACUUUAUAAAGACUUUAUGAAGUACGUUAAGAAAAAGAAAGAAUGCGUAAGAUUUUUAAAGUUGAAAGAACAAAAACUGAAAACUUAAAAGGGUGCAAAGAGAGAUUGGAUAAACUAAAAAAAGAAUUAGGUUUUUGAUUAUUUAUGCUAUUUCUUUUAAUAUCAAUUGCUCUAGCUUAAUAACUUGAGUAUUUUACCGAUGCCAACUUUUAAAAACGAACUCUCAUAUCUAAACACUAUGUAGUCUAUGAUUGGAUCAUCGGAUUUUGUGAUCAGGAAUGUCCUAAUGAAACAAUUUCUAUAAUAAAUUCUUUUCCAGAUUCAUAUUAAAAAGGGCUUGUGAAUCUUUCAACUAAUCAAUGGAUUAAAGAUAAUAUUGCUCAUAAAGGUAUUUGGAUUUAUUAUAUGAACAACACUAUGUGUGAGUAUAAGAAUGGAAAUUGUGAUUAAUAUUUUCAGGUCCCUUAAAAAUAUAACAUCCCAAAAGUUAAUUUCUUUGAGUCUAGAAUGGUAAUUCUAUUUAGAAUAUAUUUUAGAUUGUCAUUUAAAUAGGAUGUGUUAUUUUAGUAAUAUUUUACAUAAUGGCAUUCUUUGAUUUAAAAAAGAGAUUUUGGGAUACAAAAAAAAAAGUAAAAUCAUCAUGA